AGUUGUUUAAAUCGACAUAAUUAUAAUAAUAAUGGAUACAAAAUUAUAUUUUUGGUCAACUAUAAGGACGGGUUGUUUAAUACUAUUGUAUAUCGCAAUAGUUAUUCGACAAAUAAAUUGUCUCAAACCUAAUGAAUCUCUUUUGGCGUCUCAACACUUCUCUCGUAUCCUAAAAGAGGCCAAAUGUCAGCAACCGGUGCCCCGUGUGGUCAACAUUCAAGAGUUGUUUCCAUCGGCCACUAAAAAAUAUAUACCGCACUGUACUUUAAUGCACUUUUGUGGCUACGAUACCGGCUGUUGUCGUCAAGAAAACGAACGGUGCGUUCCUAAGACUGUUCAAGACGUCGACCUAUACUUCUUUACUGUUGAACUCACACCAAGAGGUCAGCGGAAAGGCGUUGAAAUGAUAACAAUGCAAAACCAUACGGAAUGCAUGUGUCAACCCAUUAACGACAGUCCCCGAUAA